CAUGAGUGUUUCCUAAAUGACUGCAGGGUGGUUUUAAUCCCUCGUUUUAAUGGAUGUGGUGUCAGGGUGGAAAACAUGGGCUCCGGAGCCCGACUUUCUGAGUUCAAAUCGUAUACACACUGCUUGACUUUGGGCAAGUUACCUAAUUUCUCUGUGCCUCAGUUCCGUGUAAGGUUGAUAUGAAUGUUAAAUGAGUCAUUGCAAUGCCAGCAAACAUUGGCUAUUAUCAACGACUGUAGACUAUCACUGUGUAACAUGAUUUACAGAGCCAUCUCCCUGUUGUUUAAAAUUUUGGCUGUUCCAGGUUUUUGCUACUGUAAAAAAACCACUGAAGCAAACAGCUUUGUGCAUAAAACUUUGUCUAUAUUUGGGGUAUUUCCUAGGGACAGAUGACCAAGAAUAGGAUCGCUAGGCCAGGAAGUCUGAAAAUUUUUACAGAGCUCAUGCAACGUUAUUGCCAGAUUGUUUUCGGAAAUGUUUGUUCCAGUUUACACUCCCAGAAAUAAUGCAUGGGAGUGCCAUUUCACCAUACCCUCACCAGCAUUGAGUAUUAUCAUUUUCUUAUUGGGAAGAAAAUGGGAAGCAGAACCAUUUUCUGUGUUUAUUAGCUGUUAACAACUUUUUUGGUCUGCUAGUCUCUACAGCACACAGCCUCUUCUCAGAUCAAUUAAGAAGAUAGGGCUUAGAUACAGAAAAUAGGGAAGAAUAUAACACAGGGGACAACAUAGUGCCAGAGUGGCAGGAGGGGACUCAGAGGAGGGGGAGGGGACUUUCCUCUAUCUAGGCCAUGACACUUUCAGUUCCUUCUACCUAGACUAUUCAUUCAUUCAAACAUUUAUCAGGUACUUUUUGGCUUAAAGGUAAAUGACUCAGCCUUGAUUGUGCCCUGACAGACAGCAUGGACGAGAAAACAGGCAGAAAAUGGACUGCCAAGGGUCUGAUGAUGAACAUGCAGGGCACAAAGGGAGCAGAGAGGAGAGGUACCCAACAUAGCAUAGCAGUCCUGGAAGGCUUCCAGGAGGAAGUGGCCUGUAAACUGGGGCCUGAGGAAUAAGUUGUAGUUAACCAGUGAAAUGGGGAGGGCAGAGGGUUCCAGGGAGAGGUGAGGAAGUGAGAAGGGAAGUGGAGCAGUGGGGGAGUGCUCGGUCUGGCUGGGCAGAGUGGAAGGCAGAAAUAAACACUGAGGACAAAGAGGUCGGCAAGGGCCAGGCAUGGAAGGCCUAAGGAAUCCAGACCUUGUCUGGAGGGAGGGAGGGAGCCAUCAAAGGUUUUCAGUAGGGGAAUGUUUUGAUCUGAUUUGUAUUUUAGAAAUAUCACAGUGACUGCAGUAGGAGGGUCGUGUGGGUAGAGGUGAGGGACCCUGGGAGGAGGCUCUUGGAAUAGCUGAGGCCAGAGCAGAAAGGGGCCUGGACCAGGGCAGGGAAGGUGUGGAGAUAAUCCCUGUGGAACCCUGACCGGCUUCAAAGUGCCAAUGGAAUUUCACCUCAGCCAGACAGCCCUUGCGGACAUCUGCCAUGACCCACCAGGUCAUGUGUGCCUGGAGGAUGGGUGGCAUGCGACGGUCAGUUGAGUGCCCACCAUCCCUGACCCUGAUCCCCCCUGCUCCUCCCUGCCUCCAGACCCUCCAUCUGUUACCCCCGCCCCCCUGGCUACCAACGACUUUCUCUUUUUUUAAGAAUAAAUUUAUUGUUUUCAUUAUAAAAGCAACAACAACAUUGCAGAGUAGCUGGAAAUUAGAGAAACGAAGACAAAAAACCAGAUCAGCCCCCGCCGCCUCCCCUAGCGCUCCCAGCCUCCCUCUGGGCGUGGUUCCCUGCAGCUUUUUCUGACGCAGGUUUUUAUUUUUGCCUCCUUGUAAUCAUAGUAUCCGGACAGUUUUGGGUCCUGCUCUCUCCCAUUUGCUUUGUUGGGAGCUAGUUCCCCUGUGGCCAUGGGGUCUGGGCAGAUCUCAUUUUUUAAUGUCUCUGGGCUGGCCUGGGGAUGGGGUAGGUGGGACAAAAGUUGCUGUCCUGCAGCGGGCAAGGUUAAUCACAUUCCCCCUUGGGCUGUCCAUUUUCUUUUGUGUCUGUUUUUCUAGGCCUGAACCUCCCCAGGUGGCAGGGCCUGGCACCUGGUGUGCCCCUUCCUCAGUGCCCCUGCCCCUUCUGCCCCUUGGUGGAGCUUGCUAGCUUGGCCUCAGAGGCCACCGUCCUGGGAAAGGGUGAUGGAUAGACCUGGUUUCCAAUCCAGACUCAGUUCUGUGACCUCAGGCAAGUUACUUAACCUUUCUGGACCUCAGUUUCCUCAUAUGUAUAAUGGGUCUAUUGCAACAAUAAAAUAAUGGCUGUAAAAUGCCCUGCUACCACCAUUCCUGGCCUAUUUUAGGUGUUCGGGAAAAGGUAGUCGGUAUUAUUGUGCUUUUUCAUUCUACAAAGAGUUUCUGAAACCCCCUCGGACUAGAUGCUGGAAUGGCAGAGGUGAAUGAGCACCACUUCUACCUGUGAAGACCUCACAGUCUGGUGGGCAAGUCACCCAGGGAAACAUGACUGCACCAGGGUGUGAUCAGCCCUGUAGUGCUUCACCAGAUCUGGGUGGCAUCCUAACUCCAUCACUUGCUAGCUGUGUGACUUUGGGCAAGUUGGUCAACCUCUCUGAGCUGCAGUUUCCUCUUCUGUUAAAUGUACAUCUCACAGGGCCAUUGGGAAAAUUCAGUGACAUGAUGCGUGUAACAUACUCAGCAUAGUGCCUGGCAAGUAGUAGGUGCUGAAACCAGUGGUAGCUGCCAUUUAUUAUUGUUAUUGUUAUUGUUAUUCCCAUAUACAAGGUGCUGUUGGGAACACAGAGGAAGUGACUGACUGGGGGUUCAGGGAAAGCUCCGUAGAAGAGGGAACACUUGAGCUGGGUCUUGAAGGAUGAGUAGAAGUUCACCAAGUGGGAAAGGACACUCUAGGGUCACAGGAAGACUUGAACCCUAUGGAAGACAAAGAUAGCUUUGAAGGCCCACCCUUCUUACUGCCCUGGUUGAAAAGCCCUUUUAACUGCACAGGAACUUGCCAGAGGAUGGCCGAGCCUCGAUUUAACAACCCCUACUUCUGGCCCCCUCCUCCAACCAUGCCCAGCCAGCUGGACAACCUGGUCCUGAUUAACAAGAUCAAGGAGCAGCUGAUGGCGGAGAAGAUCCGGCCGCCUCACCUGCCGCCCACGUCGGCCUCGUCGCAGCAGCCGCUCCUCGUGCCGCCGGCGCCGGCCGACAGCAGCCAGGCCGUCAUGUCGCUGCCCAAGCUGCAGCAGGUGCCGGGGCUGCACCCGCAGGCUGUGCCGCAGCCUGACGUGGCGCUGCACGCGCGGCCGGCCACCAGCACGGUCACAGGUCUGGGGCUCUCCUCCCGGACCCCGGCUGUGAGCACAUCUGAGUCGAGUGCGGGCACGGGUACCAGCACCCCAUCCACACCCACCACCACCAGCCAGAGCCGCCUCAUCGCCUCGUCCCCCACCCUCAUCUCAGGGAUCACCAGCCCCCCCCUCCUGGACUCCAUCAAGACAAUCCAGGGCCACGGCCUGCUUGGCCCCCCCAAGUCCGAGCGCGGCCGAAAAAAGAUCAAAGCGGAGAAUCCAGGGGGGCCGCCUGUCCUCGUAGUCCCCUACCCCAUCCUGGCCUCGGGCGAGACUGCCAAGGAGGGCAAGACGUACAGGUGUAAGGUAUGCCCGCUGACCUUUUUCACCAAGUCUGAGAUGCAGAUCCACUCCAAGUCGCACACAGAGGCCAAGCCCCACAAGUGCCCGCACUGCUCCAAAUCCUUUGCCAACGCCUCCUACCUGGCCCAGCACCUGCGCAUCCACCUGGGCGUCAAGCCCUACCACUGCUCCUACUGUGAUAAGUCCUUCCGACAGCUCUCCCACCUCCAACAGCAUACCAGAAUCCACACAGGCGACAGACCCUACAAGUGCCCACAUCCUGGCUGCGAAAAGGCUUUCACUCAGCUCUCCAACCUCCAGUCUCACCAGCGCCAGCACAACAAGGACAAGCCCUACAAGUGUCCCAACUGCUACCGGGCCUACUCGGACUCCGCCUCCCUGCAGAUCCACCUCUCGGCCCAUGCCAUCAAGCAUGCCAAGGCCUACUGCUGCAGCAUGUGCGGGCGGGCCUACACCUCGGAGACCUACCUGAUGAAGCACAUGUCCAAACACACGGUGGUGGAGCACCUGGUGAGCCAUCACUCGCCCCAGAGGACGGAGUCCCCCGGCAUCCCGGUGCGAAUUUCCCUCAUCUGAGCCGACGCAAGGCGCCGCCCCGC